AUGGUCGGUUCCGAUGCCCAGCUCCAACAGUGCAGCGCCGAUUACUACAAAAAUGCCAAAUUUGGGCUUUGCAAGGCGAUGAACACCCUUAUGGAUUGCAACUCGGGCAUCUACGGAAAAGCGUGUGGCGCACAGACCAAAGCAAUGGCUUGUGGGAUUGUGAGAGUAUUGAUGAAUCUGGCUGACCCGCAGUGCGAGGCAACUGGGCAACUGAACAAAUGUCCAGCAUGCAAU